UUACAGCUUACAAGAGAAGACGGGCACCGGGCACCGGGCACCGGCCCAAGUUCCCCCCACCAACCCCCAAGCCCAGAACAAGACACACACCUCAUCAGCUCAUCUUACCCGCCUACCGCCUGUCAAAACGAACCGACGUUCAAAUUCAACCUCACAAUUCACAAACGAGUCGACGAGGACGCUUCAGCAGAAAAAAUCAAAAAUCAAAUGAUUAUCCAAUUUUAUCCCAUGUUCGGAUCCUCACGAUAUAUAGAUUACAGACACGAUCCUCUCCCUCUACCUCUCUCUCUCCAGUCGUCAAGUCUCUGAUCUUUGAUAGAAUUGAGAUUAUCGAUUCUCCAGUCACUUUGUUUUUUUGGUUAUCGGAAUUCGUUUCUUGUUAUUUCUCAAGCUCGAUGAUCUGUUUUCUGAUCUUUGAGUUACGUAGUUAUAUUCUAAUUCCAGGCCUCUUUGCUGCAAUUUGUAACCAAGGGGUACUGGAAUAAAAUUGAACAGCCAGUGAAGCUGCAAAUGAUGAAAUGGGUUAUGCAAUGAGUAGACUUGAAAUAGAUUCUCAGCUGUGUGACGGUGGGAAGACCACCAAUACGGCUUCUGCUAGUCAGUUUGCUAGUCAGAGCCACGGAGAAUCAUUGCCUCACCUUGAUCAUGAAAUUGCUCAUCUCACCAAGCUUAGAUCAGGGUCCCAUGAAACUUUAAGUCGUGUUGCACCUGGUAGGAGGGAGUUGCCUGUAUCGGUGGUGAAGAUGCUUGCUGGCCGAGAGGGUAACCAAUCCAGGAAAGGAAGAUUCUCUUCAGUAGAUUGUUGUCAUGUACUCAGCAGAUAUUUGCCUGUCAAUGGUCCGUGGCAGGUCGACGAGAUGAGUAGUCGAGCUUAUGUAUCCCAGUUUUCUGCUGAUGGUUCCCUUUUUGUUGCUGGGUUUCAGGGUAGCCACAUUAGAAUAUACAAUGUGGAUAGUGGAUGGAAAGUUCAGAAAGACAUUCUUGCAAGAAGCUUGCGAUGGACUGUAACUGAUACAUCUCUUUCCCCAGACCAACGAUUUCUUGUCUAUGCCAGCAUGUCACCUGUUGUCCAUAUUGUGAAUGUUGGAUCUACUGCAACGGAGUCGGUUGCAAACGUUACUGAGAUUCAUGAUGGUUUAGAUUUCUCUGUUGAUGAUGAUGGGGAAUACUCCUUUGGGAUCUUCUCUGUAAAAUUUUCAAAUGAUGGGCGAGAACUUGUAGCUGGAAGCAAUGAUAAUUCAAUAUAUGUUUAUGACCUUUGCGAAAAUAAGCUUACUCUUCGAAUAUCGGCACAUUCGUCUGAUGUAAACACAGUAUGCUUUGCGGAUGAAAGUGACCAUAUCAUAUAUUCUGGGAGUGAUGACAACCUUUGUAAGGUGUGGGACAGGCGUUGCUUUAUUGCAAAUGGACGUCCAGCUGGGGUUCUGGUAGGGCAUUUAGAAGGCGUUACAUUUAUUGACAGUAGGGGAGAUGGUCGUUACUUAAUCUCAAAUGGGAAAGAUCAGACCAUCAAACUUUGGGAUAUUCGGAAAAUGUCUUCCUAUGCUAGUUGCAUCACAAGAUUUAGAAAUUAUGAAUGGGAUUACAGAUGGAGGGAUUACCCAACCCAGGCAAGAGGCUUGAAACAUCCGAAUGAUCAAUCAUUGGCUACAUAUAGUGGUCAUUCUGUCCUGCGAACUCUUGUCCGCUGUUACUUUUCCCCGGCUGAGAGCACUGGUCAAAAAUACAUCUACACCGGAUCUUCUGACGGUUUUGUUUAUAUUUAUGAUUUGGUGAGUGGAGCCGAAGUUGCAAAGCUCAACUACCAUUCUACAACUGUUAGAGAUUGUAGUUGGCAUCCUUCCUUCCCAUUGCUCGUCAGCUCCUCCUGGGAUGGGGUGAUAGCCAGAUGGGAAUUUCCUGGAACAGGGGAGGCAUCACGCCCCUUGGUGAAGAGAAGAUCUCGGAGGAGAGAUUUAUAUUGAAAGGCAUUCAAGUCAUAUAUCUAUUAUUUGCCUCUGUAUUUAUAUUGUGAUUCAAAUUACCUUUAUCACCAGGUGAAAUUGUAUUACAUAAUAUUCUUUUUAUUUAAGCAUUUAAAUUGUAAACCUAUAGCCAAUCCUUGUAGAA